AUGAAGCUCUCGUCGCUGUCAGGCGUCGCCCUGGCCCAGCUGGCAUUUGCCGGCCCCACCGCCCCCCGCGCCGUGCCCCUAGUUACGCUCGAUGGCUACGGCACGUUUUCGGGAAUCUCGGUCGAUACGACCUUUACCGGCGUCGCCAUGCCGUCCGCCGUCGACGCCUGGCUGGGCAUGGACUACGCGACGCAGCCCGUCGGCGAGUGCCGCUUCGAGCCCGUCGACUGGCCCGCGCCGUUCGAGGGCGUGGUGGCCGCCGACAAGAUGCCGCCGGGCUGUCCGCAGGCAGUCACUGCAGCCCUACCCGCAGGGCUGCAGUCGGAGGCGUGCUUGCGGUUUGGCGUCUGGCGCACCCCUGGCGUCCCGUUGUCCGAGAAGCUACCCGUCAUGGUUUUCAUUCCUGGAGGGGCCUUUAAUCGCGGCAACAUGAGGAACUUUGACGGCGCAUCCUUCGUUGCAAACUCGCCCAAGCCCAUCGUGUUCGUCUCGUUCCACCACCGGGUUGGGGCUCUUGGGUUUCCCAACAUCGACAUUUUUGAGCGCGCCGGCCUGCUGAACCUAGGUAUUCGUGACACCCGGCAUUUCUUGGAGUUCGUCCAGAAACACAUCGGCUCGUUCGGGGGCGACGAGGCAAAGGUUACUCUCGGUGGCUUAAGCGCCGGUGCACAUGGCGUUGGGAUUCAGCACGUCUAUGGUCACGGCAAGCCCCUCUUCUCACAGGUUUACUACAUGUCUGGCAGCAGCACCUCUCGCGGGUUCCCUGGCGUGGACUAUCCUCUCUACAAGCGGCAGGCCAAGGACUUUCUCGACCGGAUCGGCUGCGCAGACAUUGCCGCCACAGGAGAUGAUGCAGCCACGAUUUCGUGCCUCAAGGCAGCGCCCAUGGAGGAUAUGAGGGCGGCCUCCGUUGGCGUCUUCCAGGCUAGCGAGAAAAACAUCACUUGGGCAUGGCAGCCUACCCAUGGAGGCGCUCUUUUCGAGACAACUGGCACAGACGCCCUGACCAACGGCAGCUUCUUCCAUGUCCCGGUCCUGACGUCGAAUACCCAUGACGAGGCGAGGCUCUAUAUUCCGGGGACGCUGGAGACAAACAAGCAGUUUGUUGAGUUUAUGAAUAACAUCUGCCCAGGCCUGAACGGCGAGGACCUAGCGGACCUGGAGCGUCUCUACCCGGAUCCGCUCACCAACGCCGACUCCCCCUACGUCAACAGUCCUAACAGCACCCAGUACAGCCGUCUCAGUGGGGCUUGGACAGAUUACUCCUACCACUGCCCUAGCCAGUCAAACGCCUACUAUUCCGCCAUCGCCGGACAGCCCGUCUGGAAGUCUCUCUGGAACACCCCCAACAAGAACCCGGCGUGGCAGGGCGUCCCGCACUCGACCGACGCCUCGUACACGUGGGCCGAGCCGACGGUGCAGUACCCGGAGAUGGCGCGCGCCCAGCAUGGCUACAUCGCGAGCUUCGUCCUGGCGGGCGACCCCAACACGUAUCGCUACCCCGGCACGCCCGAGUGGCCCAGGUACGAGCCCGCGGGCUACGGGCUGGACGCUGAGCCGGCGAGCCAGCUCGAGUUCCUGCCGGGCGGCCCGAGGCUCGCGAAGGACGAUAUGCGGAGGGAGGCGUGCCUUUUCUGGCGGGAUCCGGUGCGGGCGAAGAGGCUUAACAAAUAG